AUGAUAAGAUCUUGCCUACAAUUUCUCGGAGUGGGGAGUCCAGCUAACAAUCAGGUUCCUCUGUACAUGGAAUUCUCCAGGCAAGGACACUGCAGUGGGUUGCCAUGCCAUCCUCCAGGGGAUCUUCCCAACCCAGGGAUUGAACCUGCGUAUCCGGCAUUGGCAGGUGGACUCUUUACCACUGGCAGCACUGGGGAAGCCCGCAUUCUGGUUAUAGAGUUACAAUUAAAAUUAGACUCUUUGCAGUCCAUACUAGUUCUCAGUACCUGGUCUGAUUACAGCAGCAUCUGCAGACAUCUUUGUUUAAGUGUUUCUGAAGAGAGGAUUAUUUCCAUAUUGCAUCAGAGUGGUUUCUGUACAACUGUAGUGUAUGUACCCACCAAUGUUCCCCCUUUCCUCUAA